AUGGCUGCUACAAAUAUCAGAAUUCGAGCUCAAAUAUCAAUGCCCGAAUGCGGUGAGAGGACAAGCAAUAACCGAUCUCAUGGCUAUGUUCCCGGGAGAAGUAAAAAUGUCGCGGAAUAUGAAGCUUUGAUUUUGGGACUGCGAAUGGCUAAUGAUCUCAAUCUGAGAAGCGUGGAAGUCAAAGGUGAUUCAAGACUCGUGACAAACCAAGUAAACGGUGACUUUCAUGUCAAAGAGCCGCAUUUAACGCCCUACCGGGCGGAGGCCCAAAGAUUGAUGAACCAAACAGAGUUGACCUUGGAUCACACCGGCAGGGGUGGAAACAAGCACAUAGACGCUUUGGCGACCCUGGAAAGCAAAGUUCAAUUGAACGGAGAAGAAGAGGGUACCGUCACAAUAAAGAGAAAGGAGUUACCCAGCACUUGGAAAGAAGACUUGUCCUUCGAAGAAGCAGAUGAUUGGAGACUAGUGUAUAUCGAUGAUCUGACCCGGAUGGACGAGGGACGAGUGAUACCCAUCCAAGACUUGAAAAAAUUCAUCGUGAUCCAAGGAGCCUUGUAUUACAGGGCAGCUGGAGGAUCUCUUGCGAGGUGUGUGAAUAAAAGGGAAGCUGAGAAGUUGCUCCAGGAACUGCACGCGAAAACGUGUGGACAAACUGGCGCUGUUUACCUCUGCGGAAAACUUCAUAGGAAGGGCGUGUACUAG